ACACGAAGAAGAAGACAAACACAGGAUUGUGGGAAAUUUUGCACCUUGCGAAAUGUAGGCUACAUGCACAACUUGAACGGAAUAUUACAUAUUUAUCGACUUUUAUUUCGACCAAAAUGUCUAAACUACAGUUGUUCAACGCGUAUCUGACUGAACGAUUAACAGCAGCUGCUGCAGAGAUAUCCGUGGCAGUAGAGAGAACAAUAACAGAUUAUCAGGAAGAGAACGAACGUCUGCGACGACUGCUUGAUUUGUUAACCAAGCCAAAGUUUCAUAGAGCAGACCCCCAGCAAUUCACUCUCCUUGUAUCUGAAGAGGAGGUUCCGCCUGAGCAGGAACACUGUGAGCAGGAGUGGAGCCCAAGUCUGGGGCAGGAGGACCCAGAGGCCACACAGAUUAAAGAGGAACACGAGGAGUUCAGGACCAGUCGGGGGGAAGAGCAGCUUCAAGGGCUGGAGGCUGACACCAAAGAGUCCACAUUCACCACUGCCUGUGUGAAAAGUGACUGCAGUGAUCAGGGCCCACCUCAGCUCUCACAUCUUUACCAAACUCAAACGGUGGAGAACAGGGAGAGGGACUCUAUACCCACCAACACAACGGAAGAGAUCAAAACAGAAGCUGAUGGACAGAACUACGGAGUAACAGAACCUGAUGGACAGAACUACGGAGUAACAGAACCUGAUGGACAGAACUACGGAGUAACAGAACCAACUAGUGGCUCUCAUCCUCUAUCUGUAGUAAAUCCUGGCUGUUCUGCAGCUCAGAGUGAAGCCAGUGACAAUGGGAUGGAACGUGGAGAACUGCUGCCGGGAUCUACACUACUCAAAUCAAACAGAACGUGGGUAAAACAAGGACAAAGUUCCCAUACCAGUAUUGAUGACAAGACAGCCACACAGUUGCCCCAUUUUAAAUCCCCCAUUCAAAGCCAUUCUGUUCCUUUUUCUUGCAAGGUGUGUGGAAAUACUUUUGUUUUCAUGGAGCAUUUCAUCCAUCACGUGCGACAAGCACACACAAAGAACGACGACUGCCUGUGUGGCGUGUGUGGAGAAGACUUUGAGUCCACAGAUUGUAUGAUCGACCACCUGCAAACUCACACUACAGAAAUAUAUUAUUGUGAUGUUUGUAGUAAACGCUUCUCCGUUGAGUCUCAUCUGAAACAACAUAUGUUGGUUCACACAGGGGAGAGGCGAUAUCAAUGCAAACAAUGUGGCAAAUGCUUCAUUCAUAGUGGACAGCUAAAUACACAUAUGAAGAUUCACACACAGGAUAAAUUGUAUCAGUGCAAAGAAUGUGAGAAAUGUUUCCCCAGUAAGCAUAACCUGGACAGACAUAUGGUGAUUCACAUAUAUUCUAAUCUGAAAAUGCAUAAGACUCACACAGGAGAGAAACGAUAUCAAUGCAAAGAAUGUGGUAAAUGCUUCCUUCAUAAGGGACACCUGAAUACCCAUACAAGGAUUCACACAGGAGAGAAACCAUACCAGUGCAACGAAUGUGAGAAAUGUUUUGGCCGGAAGGAAAACCUAACCGCACAUAUGAGGGUUCACACAGGGGAGAAACCUUACAAGUGCACGGUGUGUGGAAAAUGCUAUAGCACUGCACAGGUCCUAAAAUUGCAUCAAUUUCAAAGUCACUAUCUAGGUUUCCAUCCAAUUGGUGAUGGAUUUUCAUGCGAAUAGAAAGAAUAUGCGCAUUUUCUCACCGGAGGUGUUUCCAUCAAACUUAAAAUGCUGUACGUGAUGGUGUAGUGCAAAUAAAAGCACUUUUACGCUUAAGUUUUCAUGUACCAAAUAAAUGUCUCCAUUGCAUUUUCAACUCUACGGAUGGUUUUGUCACAAACUCUUGCGAUAAAUGGUAUUACUUGCCCAAUCUGGUUUUGGCGCAUUCUCUAUAGACAACAGUCCGCUGAUAAAGUGGACAAGGUAGGUUAUAUGAUGAGAUAUGGAUAAAAUCAAUAUCCUUUUUUGAUUGUUAUAAUUGGCAGCCAUCAAGUCACCAGCAUCAUUGGACAUUUGCAUGAAGCUCAUCACCGUGCACUUAAACCACCAUAAGUUAUGAAGUUCAUAACUUAUUCCAUCUGCCUGUAAACUGCAUUGCUUUUCCAUGUCCCGGUAGUAGGCUACAACAUAUUUGCGUGACUCAAAGUUUAAUGAGACAUGGUGGUUUUUCCACCGCAAUUGUUGGGUAAUCUAUUUAAUCUACCCCC